UCUUUCUCUGUCUCUGUCUCUGUCUCUGUCUCUGUCUCUGUCUCUGUCUCUGUCUCACCAUAGCUAUUGAGUGAGAAGAUAAGUGGGAGUGAGGGAACGAAGCUGGAUGAAGACUUCAUGGAGAUGGAGAGAAAAAUUGAGGUCACCAACAAGUCUGUGUUUGACCUCUUGUCCAAAACGACGGAAUACCUCCAGCCUAAUCCAGCCUCGAGAGCCAAGCUUGGCAUGCUGAACACAAUGUCUAAGAUGCGCGGGCAGGUGAAGACCACUGGCUACCCCCAGACAGAGGACCUGUUGGGGGACUGCAUGCUGCGCUACGGCCAGGAGCUGGGAGAGGACUCUGUCUUCGGCAGUGCACUGAUGGACAUGGGCAAGGCCAUGAGGCAGCUGGGCGACGUGAAGGACGGGCUGGACAUCAACGUCAAGCAGAACUUCAUCGACCCGCUGCAGAACUUCCAGGAAAAGGACCUCAAGGAGAUCACGCACCACCUGAAGAAGAUGGAGGGCCGGCGGUUAGACUUCGACUACAAGAAGAAGCGGCACGGCAAGAUGCCCGACGAGGAGAUCCGCCUGGCGGUGGACAAGUUUGAGGAGAGCAAAGACCUGGCGGAGAGGAGCAUGUUCAACUUUUUCGAGAAUGACGUGGAGCAGAUGACCCAGUUGUCUGCGUUGAUCGAGGCCGCACUAGAAUACCAUCGACAGUCCACCCACAUCCUGGAAGAACUCAGUGGGAAUCUACAACAGAGGAUAGCUACAGCCAACAGCCGGCCCAAGCGCGUGUUCAAACCAAAGCCCCUCCUGAGCACCUUCGACAGCUACGACGGCAGCCAACACAACGGAUUGUCUUACAGCUCCUCCAUCAAGACGACAGAUAACCAGAUCAGCCAGACAAUCAAUGGGAAAAACCAUCACAUCACCUCCACCCCUCUGUCCUGGCCUGACAGCCCGGCAACUAACGGCACCUCCCACCUGUCCGAGGUGCCCGACCAGCCGUGCUGCCGCUCGCUGUACAACUUUCAGCCGGAGAACGCGGGCGAGCUGGGCUUCAAGGAGGGCGACCUCAUCAUCCUCACCAACCAGAUUGACGAGAACUGGUACGAGGGCAUGAUCAGUGGCGAGUCCGGCUUCUUCCCCAUCAACUACGUCGACGUCAUCGUCCCCUUGCCCCAGUGAGCCCCAGGGGGUCCCCACGAGGGAGCCCGGUGGCCCCAAGCCUCCAAAACUUUUCUCCUCCUGAGCCGAAGAAUCGAACAAGCCUUAGUAUUGCAAAAGACGUUUUGGAUUUUUAAAAAGAAGAAUUGCUUGAGGGUUGGUAGCGUCCUUUUAUCGUGAACCUUAUGGUUAUGACUAUACACCAUCCAUAGGAAAUGGCCUGCCUGUUUUAACCCGGCUAGAGCCCGUGAACUCCGGGGGGGAGAAGGCUGGGUCCUACCUUGGGUUGUCGGGGAAGCGAAUCUAAUGUCAGGAGCGGUCCCCCAAACUGUACAUUCCAGGUGCUUCAACCGAUUUCGGAUAGCUUCACCGUCGGCCCUUUCAGAAGCCUGUGGGCAAAACUACCCUGACGUUCUUUACUGAUUUCACCCUGGAAACCUUUGGCACAUAUACACCUUGUUCGCACAUUGUUAUCACGUUAAUAACUAUGUUUCACUGAAUCACUGCAGGUCAGGUGAAUGUUCUUCAUUUGUCUUUGUUACUACCGCAGAGAAAAACAGGUCGUUCCUUCCGGAAGUAGACAAUAAAGUGCAUGUAUUCUGUGUCAAGGAGGCCCUACGAGGCCUUAAUAGGGGUGAGGGACUCCAAGUCGAGUCUUAACCCAAUCAAAAUGGAAAAUGAAUCCAUGCGCCUUUUGGCUCUUGCUCAGUGCUGCCCCCUGCCUUUCACCCAUAGCCACAGGCUUUCCACGUGAAUGGAUUGAACGCCUUGUUCCAAAGAAUGCUCAUACGUUAUAGCUGUCAACUAAAAAUACAGGUGGGUAAUCUCUUCAAAGUCUGACCACACGCACUCCAAACAUCAACGGACUGUUCUUUGAAACAUCAUUGGUGUGUUUUCCCUGACAUUUCAACCCCAAACUUUUGGUAGGCAGCCCUUGUGAUUAUUGCUACUUGGAGUAAAGUUGGCCUGUGUUCAUGGGCCAUGUCACACUCUUAUUUUCUUCUCUCCCUCUGUCUCUCUGUCCGUCUGUCUCGCUCUCUCUUCUCUGUCUUCUUCUUUCUUGUCUCUCUCUCUUUGUCCUUCCUUUCUCUCGUGUGUUAACAUGGGUUCUGUGGCGCGCCUCUGGGUUAGGUCUGCCCCACCUAUCCGUUAGAUAGUGGACCCAUUCAGGGUCUUCACUGUUACUAUUUUAAGUCCUUUGCCUUGGAAGGCGGAGGGGGGGGGGGGGGGGGGGGUCUGUCUGUCUGUCUGCCUGUCUACCUGUCUGUAUUGCACUGAAGCCUAGGCAUCUACUACCAAACACGGAUGAGCACCUAGGUUGUUUUUUCUUUCUUCUCGCACUUUCUGUUGUUGUUAACGGUGGGUCCGUGGGUGGGUUUGAGUCCCAACAGCAUAGUGAACACAUAUGACCUCACAUUUUGUUGUUUUCUUUGAUUAUACAUUCGCAGUACAACACCAGAACUGUUCAAACCACUAUGGAAUGUAAAAUCCCAAUGUCGUAAUGUUAUCUUGGAGGUUUCAUGUCUAAUGUGAAUUCCGGUUGAAAUGAAACCCAUGUGAAUGUAAAAUGUCCCCACUGUAUUACCCGUACUAUAACACGUGUGUCACCCAGUCCAGAUUAUUUCCUCUGCUGUUUUGGUCUCGCAUCAAGUGGGCAGAUAAGUAGUAUUCUAUUGGUUAGGCUAAGCUGAUAAACCUGUGGUCAAUUUGAGAAGUCCUUGGGACGCAGAUAAACAAGUGAUCGCUCGCCCCCGAGAAUAGAUGCAGUGCAGUCGGUCGGAAGCCUCUAUAUAUCAUUAAGGACGGAUAAGUAAACACGGAUUCAACAGCAAUCUCAUACAAGUGUUGUUUUUAUUGUUGUCUGAUUAGUUGUUUUUUUUACCAGUUGGUGACGUGAACAGACUAAGCCUCUAUCCCAAAUCAAGUCAGUUGGGGAGUUAUUCCUCUGUCGUGUCAUUAUUUGUGUCAUUAAUGUGUUUUCUUUAUUUCAUUUGAAUUGGACCAAAAACGACAUUUCACUAAACAAAAUUAUAAAAUUAUGAAAAAAAAAAUUCCUACAGUUUUAACCGUUUUUAUACUAUUCAUGUAUUUCCUUUUGACUGCAGAAACGUGCGCACUCCCUGCACAAAGUGCUAACUGGGUCUCUGAGUCAUUUACAGACAAGACAUCCAAAUCAGAAUUUAUUCAUUACUGCGGCAAGAUUAUCCGCCUGUUUUUUAAUAAAGCUCAAUUUGCAAUGACACUGGCCAUUUCAAGAAAGUAUUACGCCACUAGAUGAGGUCUAAGAUAUUGUCUUGCGUAGUUUAAUUAUUAUGAUUAAGGUAUUUUGUUUCUUCCCAAUUUUGGCCUUGAAAUGAAAUUAGCACUUAAUCCACACUCUAUCUCCUUCAACACUUUACCUCUGUCUGUUUGCCUUUCAAUCGGUCUCUUCUCAGUAUUCCUAUUGUGACUAAAUGUCUUGCCAACUAAGACUGGCUGUACAUUACCAUGUUUUUCUUCUUCUGUAGAAUAAUUUAUACAGAGGGGCGUUUUAUAGAUGUUCUAAAUGAAUAUAUUAAUACAUAUAUUGCCUCAAUAAAUGACAAGUGAAUAUUG